AUGAAGCAUGAUAGUAACUCCAAGCUUAGUUACACUAUUUUGGCACUAAAUCUAGAUGGAAUUAAGGAAAUAAAGAGAAAAUUAGCUUUAUUGACUGAAUGGGAUUCGUUCUUUUGGUCAAAUGCUAUAAAAAUUUUAAGGUACCAUAAAGGACCGGCCGAUUCAAGAAUUGAGAAGAUGGUUAAAAUCACUGAACACAUAGAUGUGGACGAUGUGAUUGCUUCAAUUGAUUUCGAUGACAGAUCUUUAGUGGAUUCAAACUCCCAACCUCCCACCAACAACAUGACGGAUGAAGUUGGUCAGAAGACAGAAUUAAAUCCUUUUGAGUUGGUAGCAUAUCUGGAACAACACGAGGAAAUUGCUCCGAGAUCUUCUUCUGUUAAUGAAUUGAUCAGCUUCGACAGUACGUAUAAUGGAGCACAAAAUCCAGUAUUUCUCAACCCCCAACACUAUUCUCCAAUGGCAAUAAGUGGAAGUAAUAGCAACUCACAGAUGUACACUGCCCAAGCUGCACAUAAUGGCUCGCGAGACGCAGAAAACACUCAGGUCGCCCCCCUUAAUGUUUCAAGUGGAAAGCAUCAACCAACAACAUUAUGGUUUGGUCCUGACUUACAGUGGAGUCCACCUGCACACUCUCUCCCUUUAAGAGCGCCGUCCAACUACCAAGGCUUGUGGUUGGGAUCUGACUCUAGACCUGGAACAAUUCGAAUUGGGACGGGUCCAAAUACUCGGGAAAUUAUGAUCCCUCCAACCCCAUCUUCUCGAGCUAAUAACCAGGAAAGGUUCAAUCAGGAAGGAGAAAGAACUGCUCCAAAUAACAAUAAUCAGCAGCUCAUUCCUUCCAGAAAGCGUGGAAGAUAUCUUGAUCAGUGA